AUGUCGUCCGAAUCGCUCCUUUACCCAACCCAACUGCGUAAAGCAAAGACUAACCAAGAAAAAAAAAACCCCAAAUCAAAACAAAAUGAACAAGAGAGUGUGAACACUUACCUGUGUGGCGAGGACGCCGCUGAUUUGGCUGGCGAUUCCUUGAACGCCUCUCCAGAGAGAGUAGUCGAGGUAAUCGGAGGUGACGCUGUUUGGGUAACCUUCCGGAAGAAGGAAUUGAGUCAGGAGGUUUCUACAUUGGGCAAGGAGACGCUUGAGCUUUGGCAAUGGCGAAAGCGGCUGAUAAUCCGGCGACUAAUCGGACGCAUCGGGAAAGCGAGGGAAGCUGUUGCCGGAGUAAUUGACGUGGGAGUAAUACACGCUGCCGGAAAAUUAGGGUUCCUGGGAUUUCAAAGAUCAUCCAUGGCUAUGGAGAUAGAGAAUUUGUGGAGAGAAGUGAGAGAGUUGAGCUUGGGAACUGAAAUCGAUCGCCUUGAUUCUCCGCCGUCUCCGGUACAAUUUCUCCGAGACUACGUCGCACAGAGCAAGCCUUGCGUAAUCUCCAACGCCAUUGCUCAUUGGCCGGCUCUAAAACUCUGGUUGGAUCCGGAUUACCUCGCCGGAGCUCUAUCAAAUGAUCUCGUCUCACUACAUCUCACCCCUAACGGCUGCGCCGACGCCGUCACUCCUAUCCAUGACAAAGGGGAUCUCUGUUUCGCUUCGGCUCACGUCGAGAAGCUUCCGUUCCCGGAGGCUCUACAGGCCGUUCGAUCGUCGUCUAUGGGAAAAAGUGUUGCUUAUUUACAGCAGCAAAACGAUUGUUUCAGAACGGAGUAUUCAACGGUUGCUUCAGACUGCGACGGCGACAUAGCUUGGGCUACGGAGGCGCUCGGUUGUUCGCCGGAAGCUGUAAACCUUUGGAUAGGGACUGAUCUCUCCGUGACUUCUUUCCACAAAGACCACUACGAGAACCUAUACGCCGUCGUUUCAGGGGAGAAACAUUUCCUUCUCCUCCCUCCGACCGAUGUUCACCGCCUCUAUGUCCAACGAUACCCUGCAGCCAAUUACUCUUACCACCGAGUCUGUGAGAUUCUCAGAUCACAUCUGAUUUUCCAUUUGAGGCUGAUACUGAAGCGUUCAAGCUUGAGAUUGAUCAGCCAUGUUGAUCCAUACCCUUCACCAGAGAGGGAAGCAAGUGAGAGACUGAAAUAUCCAUUGUUCUAUAAUGGCCCAAAGCCGUUUCAUUGUACUGUCAAAGCAGGGGAGAAUCUCAAUCUCUUGGUCAUUAUCAUGUUCCACAGAUUGAAAUCCCAGAACAAGACAAUCGCCAUUACUACUUUCCAAUGCAUAACCCAUCUGGAUAUUGCAGGCCAAGCAUGUGGUUUCACCAUGUUAGUCAAACCCCAGGAGAUUGUGGCUAUACCAUUGCGUCGGUAUCAUACGAGUCAUCUUCACUCACUCCAACUCUGUCUUGGAGAGAAGAUAAAGAUUCAGAAUCCGGUGAUGCAGAGGAAUGAGGAGUUGAAACAACAUUUCACAAUAGAAAGGUCGGAGAAGAUCUUAACUUUACAUUUGGUUGAUCUUAGGACUAAGGAGAAUUGUAUACUUGUUCAUGGGUUGGUGAUAAAGUUAGACUUGGCCAUUGGCUGCUGCAAUGCUAUGGCCGCGAGUUAUAUGCAGAAUGGGUUUCACAUUGAGGCCAUUAAGCUUCUCUAUCAGAUGAAAGUGGCAGGCCUCGAAGUGACAGACUCUUGA